CGUGGCGUCAUGGCGUGGCUGUAUGACAUUAUAAAAUAAUGCACACUUUGCUUUUGAAAAAAACGUGUAAAAACAAUUAAAAAGCGAAGGGUGCCUGCUUUGUUUACUUUAAUUUUGUUUAUUUUCAGUUUGAAGAAUAGUUUUUGUAUAUUUUAGUGUAGUAUUUUUAUUUAAGACAAUUUAUAAUGUCGGAGUCGGAGAGCCUAUCGAAGCGUAAAAAACUCGAUCCAGAGACCAAUUCUGUACCAUCAAAUGAAAUUGAAGAAUAUGAGGAGGUAGUGUUAGAAGAAUUCGAAGGCAGUGAAGAAGAAAACAAAUCUUUGAGCUGUGGAGUGUGUGACAAAAAAUUCUCAACAAUCGAAGCUCUCAACGGACACUCUAAAAUAGAACACUUUGUUAUAUAUAGAACAGAUGACACUGAAUCUGAGUAUGGAACCAUUGAAACUGGGGAACUUACUACAAUAGAAGCAACAUCAGUUCAGUUUGAGAGUGAUGACAAUGAUGAUGAAGCUGAAAUCUGUGAUAUAUGUUCCAAAAAAUUUGCAACAGAAACCGCUCUUCACAAUCACAUAAAAUUUGAACACAGUGAGGCGGAUACAAAUAUGUAUGUUGAUUCUCAGGAAAUUAUUGUAAAGGAAGAGCCAAGUUAUAUCGUGGAAGAAGAUGAAGUGCUUGUGGAUAAAGAAGAAGACAUUGAGGAUACUGCAGAGGAAACGAUAGGUUGCAGAAUAUGUCUGAAGAAGUUCUCGACUGUAGCGGCACUCAACAACCAUGCCAUGAUUGAUCACAUCGAAGUUUAUAACACUGGUGACUCCGAUGCCUGGACUUGUGAAUUGUCUGAACUUAAUGAGUACUAUAAGAAGUCGAGGGAUAGACCCACAAAUCCUUUACAAGAAGGUAGGGAUUUUCUAAAGAAGGAAGAUGUUUUGUCAGCGAUGGCUCCGGAGACUUUGACCAGUACUCUUGCCAAUACCAAUGUGCAUUAUGUCAUCAUGAAGCAUGAAGGUGGUGAAGAAAUGAAGAAGAAGAAAAGAAACUAUGUUCGCAUAUGUAAAAAAAGUGGCGAACAGGAGUCUCCUGAACACAACUGUCCUGAGUGCAAUCGAGUUUAUGAUACCAGGUCGAAAAUGAUGGAUCAUAUAAGGUACGCACAUCGCACUAAGACCAUAGUGUGCGAACUGUGCGGAAAGAAAUUUCUGACAACCAGCUUUCUGAAAUGCCACCAACGCAAACAUAGCGGCGAGAGGCCCUUCCUAUGUAACGGGUGUCCGCGCACAUUCAUCACCCUCGCACAGUUGAAACGCCACCACUUUCAACACCAUCAGUACAAACCACACCACUGCGAUGUCUGCGAGAAGAGGUUCUGCACCCCCAAGGAGUUAAAAGAACACAGAUCGUUUCAUAUAACUGGCAAACCCCAUGCGUGUGAUUUGUGCCCCAUGAAAUACAACCAGCAGCAGUCUCUUAUGAUCCACUAUGCCUUUGCUCACAAUGAACAACGGCCGCACCAGUGUCAGACAUGCGCGAAAUCUUUUGACAGCUUGCAUACCUUCAAGACUCACAUGUCCAUGAAUCACCCCGAGGAGUCGUUCUAUAGUUGUGAACAAUGUUCCAAGAAAUUCAACAAGGAGCAGGCGCUUAAGGCUCACGUUUUGUCGGCACAUGCGAACAACAAGCUUUACACGUGCAAGAUUUGUAGUAAAACAUUCAAUCAACUGCAUUCACUCCAAUUGCACAAACAGAAGGUACACCAGAACCCAAGGAAGAAAAGCAGAAACCACAAAGUCACCGUUGAGAAGACGUCUGAAGAUAAUUCUGAUGAAGCCAAUGAAACUAUUGAUGACUGAUUUGGUUUAUAAUUUAAAUAAUAUUUACUUUAUACAGGGUGUAAAAAAACCUAUAAGAAAAUCUAAAACGACGCAUUCUGUACACCCUAAUAAGUAAUAUUACAAAAUAUUCUGUGGGAAUCAUUUGUAUUUUUAAGUUAAACAAAAACACUUUUUUUCUAGUUCGCAAUGUAUACGCAAAGAAUGUGCCUGCGUGUAUGUGUGUGCGUGUGUGUAAGUACCUCGAUAAAAAGUGUCUAAAUAACGUUUUGAAAAUAUUAUUGCAUAAAUCUUAAAAAAAUUGUGACUGAUCUUUAAUACAUACACGCCGUGAAUAGGGUAUUUGACAGUGUUAAAAAACAAGUGCCAAACUGUUAGCAUCUGUGUUUAGAAUGAAUAUUGGCAGGGGUUUUUACUAUUUUUACAAAAAAAAUAUUCAUACUUUUACUAAAAAUCAACGAAAAACUGCCACGUGACCCAAAACGCUUGGGAUUGGCGGAGCCUAAAUAAAAAAAAAUAGUAAAAACUGCCAAUAUGCAUUCUAAAUACAGAUGCUAACAAUUGCCACUUUAUUUUUAAUACUUUCAAAUACCCUAUUCUAAUAAAAUUUGGUAUGGAUUUAGCUGACACCCUGGAUUAACACAUAGGCUACGUUUAACUGCGGGAAAAUUUCCCUUCUAAACCGGGAGUAACACCGCGGGGCAUAGCUAAAAUUAUGUUCGUUGUUCAAGCCAUCGAAUUACAAAUCUAAUUCAUUCAGUAUAUGAAGAACUAGAACCCCAAUCGCUUCAAAAACGUUCAAGAGAGCGUCUCUUGAACGUUUUCUAUAGUUAAACAUCAACUUUCACAGAUUAACAUUAAUACAUUUGUUUACUAAAUGACACGUUUUCUCGUGGCAGUAAAGGAGAUUGCUCAGCUUCCUUAAAUGUCUCUCGCUUCGCUUCGGGGUAGAAUUGAUCAAAAUACUUUCUUAGCGGAUGCCUACGUCAUAACAUCUACCUGCAUGCCAAAUUUCAGCCCGAUCCGACCAGUGGUUUAGGCUGUGCGAUGAUAAAUCACUUUGUCAGUCAGUCGCCUUUGAGUUUAAUAAUUAUAGAUUACUGUAGAAACGAAUAUUAUUGACGGACACCCCUGAGAACUUCUGUAAACCAUAUACACUGAAUGAUUUUGAGGUUAUGUUUGCAAAUAUAAUAGUUAUUAAAAUAAUAAAAAACAAAAGUUAUGUAGUUAACCAAAGAAAACUAAGAGAUUUAGGUUAUACAGCCAUGUUCAGUAGCUUCAUUAUUUUUCUUAUAUUUAUAUAAUAACCAUAUUUUAGAUUUUUAGUAUAUCAUACCUUAUAAUGUGUUUAUGGAGGUGUUAGGCGAAAAAUGUAUGGCAAUAGACUUUAUAAUGUCGCCUACCAUCUAUAAUAAUUGUCUUAGCACAUUUGCAUGUAGUGAAAAUGAUAAUGUAUUUGUGGAUAGUAAUACCACAGUGUAAUAAAAAAAAUGUUUUAUUUUAUCGAUCUUUACAAAAUCGAUUUGUUUUGAUGUUAUAUAAACAACUUUGAUCAGUCUUUGGCUGAAUGUUACUACACCCAUAGCCAUUAAAAAUUAUUUGUAUGUUUUCCAAAACGGUAAAAAUUAAAAGUCCUUUUUAAAAUGAAUAUAUUAUACAAAGGUGUCCGUUAAAAUAUAAUGAUUGUAAACAAAGUAUAAAUUACACCAAGAAUUACUGUAUAUGUCAAUAUUUUUUGUACAUUUGGGCCAAUUUGAGCAAUCUCCUUAGUUUAAAGAAUCAUGCCAUAAUCGAUACGUUAUUAUUGUCACUUGUUGUUUCACUCUAUUGUUAUAGCCAAGUAUGGAGUAGUAAUAAUUUUAUUUAUAUUUAAUUUUAUGAUCCGGAACGGAAUUCAUGAAAAUCUGUUCAUAAUUUUCAAGUGACAACAACAAAUAUUUAUGAAAUUAGCUCAAAUUUUUCCGUUUGUUGCAAUGUAUUACACUAAUAUUAUAAAGACGAAAGUUUGUGAGUGUGUCAGUUUGUGUACUUUUUCGCGUCUAAAUGGCUGGAGCGAUUUUAAUAAAAUUUGGUAUGGGGUCAUGACCCCCCCCCCCCCUGGAUCCGCCCUUGAUUAGCUGACACCCUGGAUUAACACAUAGGCUUCGUUUUACUGCGGGAAAUAAACCGCGGGUUUACAGUUACAGUAGUUAACAUGUAUAUUUAGGGUAUUUUACGAACAGAAUAAUCGUGAACUGUUUCUGUAAGAUUGUAGGCUUACAUUUAAUAAAUAAAAUGUUAUUUUA